GCCUUGGACAUAGCUAAAAAUGAGAUGCCAGGUUUGAUGCGUAUGCGGGAGAUGUACUCGGCAUCCACGCCACUGAAGAGUGCUCACAUUGCUGGCUGCUUGCACGUGACUGUGGAGACGGCUGUCCUCAUGACUCUCAUGGCCCUAGGUGAGGAGGUGCAGUGGUCCAGCUGCAACAUCUUCUCUACUCAGGACCACGCAGUGGUUGCCAUUGCCAAGGCCGGCAUUCCAGUGUAUUCCUGGAAGGGCAAGACAGACGAAGAGUACCUGUGGUGCAUUGAGCAGACACUGCACUUCAAAGAUGGGCCCCUCAACAUGAUUCUAGAUGAUGGUGGUGACUUAACUAACCUCAUCCACGCCAAAUACCCACAGCUUCUGUCAGGCAUCUCCGAGGAGACCACGACUGGGGUCUACAACCUCUACAAGAUGAUGGCCAAUGGGAUACUGAAGGUGCCUGCCAUCAACGUCAACAAUUCUGUCACCAAGAGCAAGUUUGUCAACCUCUAUGGCUGCCAGGAGUCCCUCAUAGAUGGCAUCAAACGGGCCACAGAUGUGAUGAUUGCGGGCAAGGUGGCAGUGUUGACAGGCUAUGGUGACGUGGGCAAGGGCUGUGCCCAGGCCCUGAGAGGUUUUGGGGCCCGAGUCAUCAUCACUGACAUUGACCCCAUCAAUGCACUACAAGCUGCCAUGGAGGGCUAUGAGGUGACCACCAUGGAUGAGGACUAUAAGGAGGGCAAUAUCUUUGUCACCACCACAGGCUGUGUUGAUAUCAUUCUUGGCCAGCACUUUGAACAGAUGAAGGAUGCCAUUGUGCCUAACACUGGACACGUCGACGUGGAGAUUGAUGCGAAGUGGCUCAAUGAGAAUGCUGUGGAGAAGGUGAACAUCAAGCCCCAGGUGGACUGCUACUGGCUGAAGAAUGGGCGCUGCAUCAUCCUGCUGGCUGAAGGCCAGCUGGUCAACCAGGGUUGUACCAUGGGCCAUCCCAGCUUCGUGAUGAGCAACUUCUUCACAAACCAGGUCAUGGCACAGAUUGAGUUGUGCCAUGAUAAAUACCCCACUGGGGUUCACUUCUUGCAAAAGCUGGAUGAGGAAGUGGCUGAAGCCCACCUGGACAAGAUGAAUGUGAAGCUGACCAAGCUGACUGAGAAGCAGGCCCAGUAUCUGGGUAGCCUGAUCACUACCGCUACUGAGAGACAGGACUGCCCUUCACCUUCCAGCUGCCGUCCUUACUCCAGGCUUUACCUCUCUUUCCCAAGAACACCAACUUUGCAAUUGAUUCACCAGUGUUAG